GCCCGUCUCUUCCCUGCCCCCUCUCCGCGUGGGGAUAGUCUGCGCAAGCGUGCCGUGAGAACCCGGAAGUACAGGCGGAAGUGGCGCGAGGCCGUAUUGGGGCGGUAACUACAGAGUAAACAGAGACGCUGAGGUGUGUGAGUCAGUGCGGGCCGCUCCGGGACGCCAUGAGCCGGCUCCAGGACGACUACGACCCCUAUGCGGUCGAAGAGCCUAGCGACGAGGAGCCAGCUCUGAGCAGCUCUGAAGAUGAAGUGGAUGUGCUUUUACAUGGAACCCCUCACCAGAAACGAAAGCUCAUCAGAGAGUGUCUUACUGGAGAAAGUGAGUCCUCUAGUGAAGAUGAAUUUGAAAAAGAAAUGGAAGCUGAGUUAAAUUCCACCAUAAAAACUAUGGAGGACAAGCUCUCUUCUCUUGGAACAGCACAGGUAACCAAGAAGAAAAAGAAGAGACGGCACAGGAUUCCAACAAAUGAUGAAUUACUAUAUGAUCCUGAAAAAGAUAACAGAGACCAGGCCUGGGUUGAUGCACAGAGAAGAGGUUAUCAUGGUUUUGGACUACAGAGGUCACGUCAACAGCAGCAGCCAGUUCCAAAUAGUGAUGCUGUCCUGAACUGCCCUGCCUGUAUGACCACACUGUGCCUUGAUUGCCAAAGGCAUGAAUCCUACAAAACUCAGUACAGAGCAAUGUUUGUGAUGAACUGUUCUGUCAACAGAGAGGAGGUUCUAAGAUACAAAAACCCAGACAACAGGAAGAAAAGGCGGGGCUAUAAGAAGCUGCGAUCUAACCAGGAAGAUCCCACCGAGCAGGCAGAAGCUGAAGAAAUCUACCACCCCGUCAUGUGCACAGAGUGUUCCACUGAAGUGGCCGUCUAUGACAAGGAUGAAGUCUUUCACUUUUUCAACGUUUUAGCAAGCCAUUCUUAAAUCAUGCAGUUUGCAUUUCAUUGUACAAUACUGUGUAAAGGAAACUGUAUGGACCAGUUAUUUUCUUCCCUCCGAUUCAUAUCAUUAAUUAGCAUUGAGUUAUUACUUGGGGAAGCAGUAUUUUAUCUUUAUGAAAAAGAAUAGUUAUCAGUCUUCAUCUCUCCUCCCCUGUUUUGUUUAGUGUUCUGAUGAAUACUGAUAGGACUGAUUAUUCAUUUCCUUCUUGAUGGAGAUUUGGAAAUAAUGGAGCUUUUUAUUUAUUAAAGCUCUUUGGAAUUAAGA